AUGGACGUCCUCGCAAAUGCCACAAGCUUUACCUCUCCUCUCGCCAAUGCAGACCUGAAGCUUCAGGCCGCCCAUGCCUCGGGCGUAUUGGGCAGAGUGUUGGCGCAGCUCAAUCUUUGGACCGUCCUCUUGACGAUUGUCUUACUAUUGGCUACCUACGAUCAAUGUAGCUACCAAUGGCGGAAGCAUGGCAUCGUCGGCCCAGCGUGGAAAAUGCCCUUCAUGGGCCCUUUUCUCGAAUCCAUGCGCCCCGACUUUAGAAAGUACAAGGAGAAAUGGGAGAGCGCAGAGCUGAGCUGCGUGUCGGUCUUUCACAAAUUCGUUGUCAUUGCUGGAACCCGAGAUAUGGCGCGAAAAGUCUUCAACUCCCCGGGCUUCGUCAAACCCACCGUCGUCGAUGUCGCUCCGAAACUCCUUCGUCCCACCAACUGGGUCUUCCUGGAUGGAAAAGCCCACGUCGAGUAUCGCAAGGGAUUGAACGGCCUAUUCACACGCCAGGCGUUGGAAAUGUAUCUGCCUGGCCAAGAGGAGGUCUACAGCAAGUACUUCAAGACCUUUCUUGAAAUGUCCAAGGAAAACAAUAUGAAAGCCCAGCCCUGGAUGCCCGUGUUCCGAGAGCUCAUGUGCGCCGUGUCGUGCAGAACCUUCGUUGGACAUUACAUGAACGACAAAGUGGUCAAGAAGAUUGCCCACGAUUACUACUUGAUUACCGCCGCACUGGAGCUGGUCAACUUUCCUAUCAUCAUUCCAUUCACAAAGACCUGGUACGGCAAGAAGGCGGCCGACGUGGUGCUGGACGAAUUCGCAAAGUGUGCGGCCAAAUCCAAGGUGCGAAUGGCCGCGGGCGGCAGCAUCACAUGCAUAAUGGAUGCGUGGGUCAAGCAGAUACAGGAUUCAGCAAAGUAUCGAGAGCGGGUAGAGCGAGGCGAGAAAGUCGACGAGUCCGAGAAGCCACCUCAACUACUUCGAGACUUUACCGAUUUCGAAAUUGCCCAGACCGUCUUCACUUUCCUGUUUGCGUCGCAAGAUGCAACCUCUAGCGCCUGCACUUGGCUGUUCCAGAUUAUGGCUGAUCGACCAGAGAUCCUCGACAAGGUCAGGGAGGAAAAUCUCAAGCUUCGAGGCGGCGACCGCAAUAAGCCGUUCGACAUGGAUAUGCUGGAAUCGAUGGUUUGGACCAGAGCGGUGGUCAAAGAAACGUUGCGAUAUCGCCCUCCAGUCAUUUUGGUGCCGUACGUGGCUAAGAAGGAUUUUCCCGUGACUGAAGGCUACACCUUGAAGAAGGGAUCCAUGAUCAUUCCCUCGAUUUGGCCGGCGACCCAUGAUCCUGAAGCAUACCCCAACCCGGACAGUUUCGAGCCGGAGCGAUGGAUUACCGGGGAUGCCGACAAGCAGGUCAAGAAUUGGCUGGUCUUUGGCACCGGGCCCCAUUAUUGUCUCGGACAGACAUACGCUCAGCUGAACCUAAUGGCAAUGAUCGGGAAAGCCAGCAUCCUGUUGGAUUGGGUGCAUGAGCCUACGCCCAUCAGUGAGGAUAUUGAGGUUUUUGCCACCAUUUUCCCUCAGGAUCAUUGCAAGCUGGUCUUCUCUGAGCGACCAUAG